AUGGGAGAUCACACCAGAUCCCCCAGCUCGUUCGCUGCUUCUUAUGUCUCCAACUCCCGCUUCCAUCGCUGCUUCACCAUCGAGCCAACUUCUACCCAUGGCCCACUCAAUGUGACCUACGGCGAGUACGGCCGUGAGCCUGAUAAAAACGGGGCUACUCCAACACUCAUGUUUCUACCCGGUAUGCUUGCAUCCCGGUACAUCGGGAUCUGUCCACACAAGAUUGCCGAAAAAUGGGGCGUACGCGUUUUGGUGGUGGAUCGUUUCGGAAUGGGAAAUUCCACCGAAGUGCCGCUGGCGCAGCGAGUUUCCACCUGGGUUGAGAUCGUCCCACGACUUUUGGCCCAUCUCGGCAUCCAGCAUGUCUCGUUGGUGUCGCAUAGUGCUGGCACUAUUUAUCUUCUGAACACCUUGUAUUACUGUCGGGAUAUUCUGGAUCCCGAGCAACCGUUCGUCACCCUUCUAGCGCCAUGGGUCGAUCCCGCCAAAUCAGGCAUGAUGUCCAUGAAAAUGGCCCAAUACAUCCCUACUCCAGCCUUCAAGACAUGGCACCAAAUCCCACGUCUCUUUCUCUCCAAUGUUGGGUCUGCAGUGGCGACAAGUGGAGGGAUGAUUGUGAAUCUAGCCAACUCCUUGGUUUCAAAGAGCGGUGAGAGUCUGUCAAAUGAUCGUCUUUACAUCGCAGAGACAUACGGACCAGACCUUGAUCAGCAGGAGGAGAUAAGCUCUUCAAUGAUGCAGUCUAUCUUCAAGGAGAACACAGUUGGCUUUAAUAGCGAGGCGCUUCAGUGUCUGCGGAAGGAGCCUAACACGUGGGGGAAAUGUGAGGACUACGAGGUCUUUGUGCGCGAGUUGGUAGAGCGUGAAAGAGGAGGAGAUAAAGCGCCGUUGAAAGUCCAGGCAUGGUUUGCUGAGUCCGAUAUGAUGAUUGGCAGGAAGGGUCAAGCUUAUUUUGAGACUUGUUGGCAUCGGAUGGAUGAUGGGGACUCGAGGGGUGUGGUUGACUUUAAUUCGAAGGUAGUGUCUGGCACGGACCAUGAAAGCUUGGCAUCGCGCGCGGAAGUGUGGGAGAGCAUUUUCAAAAAAAUGCUCGGAUUGGAAGGUGAUGGUUUAAUGUAA